AUGGAGUCGCUUCUCCAGCAGUCUCGAGCCAUGUGCCCGUUCCUCAAGCGCACCUCCCCGUCCACUCUGCGCACUCUGUCCACUGCCACUCGUCCCAGCGUCAGCCCCGGAGGCGGCACUAUGUCAAACCUCCAGGUUCUGGCCCGCCGCUGCCCCGUCAUGAGCAAGGCUCUGGCCGUUCAGAGCGCCCGUUUGGCCAACACCAAGCGCUUCACCUCCGGUGUCGCCGGUAUGGAUCCUAGGUACUUCCGCCCGGCUCCCACCAAGCGGGCUUUGCAUUCAACCUCGGGCAAUGGCGCGGACAUUGCGCCCAAUGUCUACAAGGACUCUCAGAGAGUCGAUCCCGCUUUCCCCGGUGCCAAAGGCCGUUUCGAAGCCCCCAGCGGCGCCACUGUCACCGGUCCUCGUCCCGAUGCUCCGAAAGUUGCGCCCUUCGACUACAACGCUUUCUACAACGGGGAGCUGGACAAGAAACACAAGGACAAGUCGUACCGUUACUUCAACAACAUCAACCGUCUGGCCAAGGAGUUCCCCCGUGCCCACACCGCGUCUCAGGAGGAGAAGGUGACCGUCUGGUGCUCCAACGACUAUCUCGGUAUGGGCCGCAACCAGGAGGUUCUGAAGAGCAUGCACCAAACACUGGACACCUACGGCGCAGGUGCGGGUGGUACGAGAAACAUUUCGGGACACAACCAACAUGCGGUAGCCCUUGAAGGCACCCUCGCCAAGUUGCACAACAAGGAGGCCGCUCUGGUCUUCAGUUCCUGCUUCGUCGCCAACGACGCUACCUUGGCGACGCUGGGUAGUAAAAUGCCCGACUGUGUCAUUCUCUCCGACAGCCUCAACCACGCCUCCAUGAUCCAGGGUAUCCGCCACUCCGGCGCCAAGAAGAUGGUGUUCAAGCACAAUGAUCUGGUCGACUUGGAGACCAAGCUGGCCUCUUUGCCUCUGAAUGUUCCCAAGAUCAUCGCUUUCGAGUCUGUAUACAGCAUGUGCGGCUCGAUUGCCCCCAUCGAGAAGAUUUGCGACUUGGCCGACAAGUAUGGGGCGAUCACUUUCUUGGAUGAAGUGCACGCCGUGGGCAUGUACGGCCCCCACGGUGCGGGUGUCGCGGAGCACCUCGACUAUGACGUCUACGCCUCGCAGGACACCGCCAACCCACGCAGCACCAAGGGCACCGUGAUGGACCGCAUUGAUAUCAUCACUGGUACCCUGGGUAAGGCGUACGGCUGUGUCGGUGGAUACAUUGCUGGUUCCGCCGCCAUGGUGGACACCAUCCGCUCGCUGGCCCCGGGGUUCAUCUUCACCACCUCCCUACCUCCUGCCACCAUGGCCGGAGCGGACACUGCCAUCCAGUACCAGGCCGAGUACAAACGCGACCGCGUGUUGCAGCAGUUGCACACCCGGGCCGUCAAGGAAUCCCUGAAGGAGUUGGACAUUCCCGUGAUCCCGAACCCGUCCCACAUCAUCCCCCUCCUAGUCGGCGACGCCGAGGUCGCCAAGCAAGCCUCGGACAAGCUUCUGGAGGAACAUGGCAUUUACGUCCAAGCCAUCAACUACCCCACCGUCCCUCGGGGUGAAGAGCGACUCCGCAUCACCCCCACUCCGGGCCACGUGAAGGAACACCGCGACCACCUGGUCCAGGCUCUCCAAACCGUCUGGAACGAUUUGGGCAUCAAGCGCGCCAGCCACUGGAAGGCCCAGGGCGGCUUCGUCGGCGUUGGCGUCGAAGGAGCCGAGGCCGCGAACCAGCCUAUCUGGGAGGACGCCCAGUUGGGUCUGCAGGAGGGUGAAGACUUGGAGACUGCCGUCACUCGGGAGUUCCAGGACGCGGCCGCUGAGGCGCUGCUCGCGCAGGCCUCUGUGCGGAUGCAGACCGCCGCCGCCGGGAUCCGUCCUGCCGCUUCCGUGGCCUCAGGCAUCCCCGUUGGCGUCGCCGCCUAG